UUCCGACUGGCGCAGACGAUGAUUUUUGCAAUUGAAGAAAUAAACCAGAAUGAGAAUCUCCUCCCGGGGAUUACACUCGGGUAUCAGAUUCACGAUGACUGCUCGUCCUCCGCGAUUGCUUCGAAAGCAGCACUCGCUUUGAUCAAUGGAGAAGGGGAAUCGAUUGAAUACGAAUGUAGAAGUUCCUCCAACGUUGCGGCCAUCGUUGGCUGUGAUAUAUCUACAAAUUCUAUCGUAACCGCAAGAACAAUUGGAUUAUUCGGGAUUCCUCUGGUCAGUUACUACUCUACCUGCUCCUGUCUCAGCGAUAAGAGAGAAUAUCCCACGUUCUUUAGAACCAUUCCCAGCGACCAAUACCAGUCCAAGAUUCUCGCGGAACUUGUGCGAAAAUUUGGCUGGACUUGGAUUGGAACCAUUAGAAGUAACACCGAUUAUGGUAAUUUCGGAAUGCAAGAAUUUGUCGACAAUGUGCAAAUGUUUGGGGUUUGUAUUGCCUACUCUGAGUCAUUUUACAGGACCGAUCCGCCGGAGAAAAUCCGCAAAAUGGUCCAAGUGAUUAAACAAGCGUCCACUAAAGUGGUAGUAGCCUUUGCUCAUGUCGGUGAUAUGCGAAUUUUAUUGAAUGAAAUUCUGCGUCAAAACAUAACCGGUUUACAAUGGAUUGGAAGUGAAGCGUGGGUGACAGAAGAUCUUCUCCAGCCCGAAGAAAGGGUAAUUUAUCUUGCAGGAACAAUUGGGCCGUCCACCCGAAGGACAGAGAUAGCGGAUCUCAGAGAUUUUCUUCUCAACGUCCAUCCUUCUAACUUCCCUGAUAAUAAUAUUGUGGAGGACUUUUGGGAAAAUUUAUUCAACUGCUCUUUUACAACGGACAACGGGACAAACCUAGGGAACUCUUCAGGUCAAGUUCGACAAUGCACAGGGAAGGAGAAGAUGGAAGGGAUAGAAAAUGCUUACCUUCCGGCGAAAAUGGAUGGAAGUUCAAACCACGUAUAUACUGCGGUCUACUCCAUCACUCACGCACUCCACAAUCUGUUAACCUGUGUAGAAGGAGACGGACCCUUUCGCAAUGACACGUGCGCACAUAUUGCAAAAUUCGAGCCAUGGCAGCUGCUGCACUACCUGCGCGCCGUGAACUUCACAGCGAAAACGGGAGAAAUCGUAUAUUUUGAUGAAAAUGGAGACCCGGUGCCAAGAUACGAGUUAGUAAACUUGCAAACGAAUUCCAAGGGAAGCGUUGACAUAGUAAACGUCGGAUAUUAUGACGCCUCUGCUACGCCAGGGCGUGAACUAUUGUUGCAUGUCAGAGAUAUCAUGUGGAGUACGACAGGAAAUACGAUCCCACGAGCAAUUUGCUCAGAACCCUGCCUUCCAGGAAGUAGGAAAGUCAGCCGCAAAGGGCAGCCGAUAUGUUGCUUUGACUGUACAGGCUGCGCCGAUGGUGAAAUAAGCAACAUCACUGACUCCACCGAUUGCAUCAAAUGUCCGUCGGAAUACUGGUCCAAUCCAGCAAAAACUCAAUGUGUUCUCAAGAAGAUUGAAUUCCUUUCAUUUCGAGAUGUUCUGGGGUGCAUAUUAGUGACGCUUACUGUGGUGGGAGUGUGUUUUACAUUGGCCACUGCUGCCAUUUUCUACCGGUAUCGAGAAACGCCCAUCGUCAAAGCGAACAACUCCGAACUCAGCUUCCUGCUCCUGUUCGCCCUCCUGCUCUGCUUCAUUUGCUCGCUCUCCUUCAUAGGAGAACCAUCCCGCUUUUCUUGUAUGUUGCGCCGCACAGCCUUUGGAGUUGCCUUUGUUCUUUGCAUAUCCUGCAUUUUGGCGAAAACCAUCCUUGUGGUAGUUGCCUUUAAAGCAACUUUUCCCAACAGUAGCAUAAUGAACUGGUUCCGACCCGCACAGCAACGGCUGGGCGUCUUCGCCCUUACUUUCUUACAAAUUUCGCUUUGCGUUGGAUGGAUAACUGUCAAUCCUCCGCACCCCCUAAAAAACACGAGUCAUUACAGAGAUAUAAUUAUUUUGGAAUGUGAUGUGGGCUCUUUAGUCGCCUUUUACUUAGUAUCAGCCUAUAUUGCUCUGUUAGCUGUUGUGUGUUUAGUUCUUGCAUUCCUUGGUCGUAAACUCCCGGACAGUUUCAAUGAUGCCAAGUAUAUCACCUUCAGCAUGUUGAUCUUUUGCGCUGUUUGGAUAACUUUUAUUCCAGCUUACGUGAGCUCUCCAGGAAAGUACACCGUGGUUGUAGAAGUGUUCGCUAUUUGGGCAUCAAGCUUCGGUCUGCUCGUCUGUAUUUUUGGACCGAAGUGUUACACUAUCUUACUGCAACCACACAUUAAUACAAAGAAACAUAUGAUGGCGAUAGGGACAUCUCUGUAA